AUAGGGGAGAAAGGGAGAGGGAGGCAGAAGGUAGCGGAGACUUCCAGGGAAACGAUCAGAGGGGGAGACAAGGCAACACAAUGACAGGGGGAUUGAGGGGGGGUGCUGGUAAAUUCCCAGUGCAGCCCCCACACACCAAUGUGCUGCUCGGAGCUCCAUAAAACAAACACAUGCCACAGCUGAGAGUUGCAGUUUCGGAGGGGGGACCCGCAGGUGCAGGGGGGCAGUUGACAAAGCACCUUCUCACCUGACUGCUGGAGGGCUGCAUUGUUUUAAAGGGAAACCUUCCCAUUUUUUUUUGGGGGGGGGGGAAUUCUAAUAGGACAAAGGGGACCUGUUCUCUCUCCAGAGAUUUACCAUCUGUCGGCAUUGAUGCGUGUGCCUGAGGGCAGCUGCCAAUAUAACAUAACGGGGACCCGGCGGCCCCCCUGCUGCCUUGUCCCAGAGAGACGGUCUCUGCAGCCUGCUGUACCCCUCAACCUGGAACCCACAAACCUGGAAGGACCCCACCUACCUGAGCCCUUACUGGCUUCUCAGCAGCAGCAGCGACUUUAUCUCUGGGAAGUCCUACCUGCAACUUGGAAUCGCUUGGAAACAUCAGAAACACCGCAAGGAAUUUCUACCCCCCCCUCCCUAUUGUCUCCAGGGGGGCUCGGAGUGAUUGUGCUUUGUUCUAGAUCCGAGCAGAACUCUACAGAGCGUUCCUUGUGCAACAUCGUAUCAACUCCGGCUGGAUAGAAUGUUCAGACGCAUCUGUCAUGAUUAAUCGCAAGGGAACUCAAGCGCUUUCCAAAAUCGGCGUCUCUGCGAGUGAGCGGGCGUGUUGGAGCGUUCAUUUCAUGCUCGGUCGGUGGAGAUACAAGGUCUGACAGCACUUUCGGCCGACAAUAUAUGGGCACAAGUGUCGAAAGGCGAUUUAACUCUAUAAUAAGGGUCUUAACAUCUCCAGAGUCUUUGUCGGUCCCCCUGCUGGUCUACAUGUCGUACAAGAUUCCUCCCAGAUCGCAGUAGGUAGAGAGACAGAUGCGUUUUACUGGCCAUUUCCCAUUCAGAUAAAAGGACACAUUGGCGAGUCUACUUAAGACAAAUCGAUCGCAGUCGCGUUUGGGGUUUUUUUUCGCGUUGUUCCACUUCGACUCCUGGAUUUGGUUGUUGGAGAAGAUCAGGAACCGUUGGCGGGGAGAGGAAAAGAAGGGGUGCAUUCGGGGGGUGGGGGAGUUGAUGGCCCUUCGUUCCGGGACGGCUUGGUUUGGGCAAGUCCUGCGCAGAGUCACCAGGCUGCAGGACAACUGGUCCAGGAGGUCCAGUAGCCUCUUGUGUCUUUCUUCUUCCCAGGAAAACGAGCAGGGAGUGGGAAGAGGUGACCACCAACCCUGCAUCCAUCACAGCCACCCCCUCCACUCCCACUCACCAGGUGCCCAACCCAACCACUGCUGCCUGCAACUUCCCAGCGACUGCUGCGCCCUCUCAGACAGGACGGGGGGACAUGAUCCCCUCACUAGCCGGUUGCUGGCGGCCAUGAAGCGGCAGAAUGUGCGGACUCUGUCCCUCAUAAUCUGCACAUUCACUUACCUGCUGGUCGGUGCCGCCGUCUUUGACGCCCUGGAGUCCGACUACGAGAUGAGGGAGGAAGAGAAGCUCAAAGCCGAGGAGAUACGGCUCAAGGGAAAGUACAACAUCACCAGUGAGGACUACAGGCAGCUGGAGCUGGUCAUCAUGCAGUCGGAACCUCACAGGGCUGGGGUUCAGUGGAAAUUUGCUGGCUCAUUUUACUUUGCCAUAACUGUCAUUACUACUAUAGGGUACGGACACGCAGCUCCAGGAACUGAUGCGGGAAAGGCCUUCUGCAUGUUCUACGCCGUCCUUGGAAUCCCACUCACUCUUGUCAUGUUCCAGAGCCUGGGAGAGCGGAUGAACACCUUUGUCAAGUACCUCCUGAAGCGAAUCAAGAAAUGUUGCGGGAUGCGCAGUACGGACGUCUCCAUGGAGAACAUGGUCACCGUUGGCUUCUUCUCCUGCAUGGGCACUCUUUGCAUCGGAGCCGCCGCCUUCUCCCACUACGAAGACUGGAGUUUCUUUCAGUCCUAUUAUUACUGUUUUAUAACUUUAACGACGAUAGGUUUCGGAGACUACGUGGCUCUGCAAAAAAACAGGGCCCUUCAGAAGAAGCCUCUCUACGUGGCUUUUAGCUUUAUGUACAUUUUAGUAGGCCUGACAGUUAUUGGGGCGUUUCUAAACUUAGUCGUUCUCAGGUUCCUGACUAUGAACAGUGAGGAUGAAAGGAGGGACGCGGAGGAGCGGGCGUCCUUGGCAGGAAACCGUAACAGCAUGAUCAUCCACAUCCAGGAGGACACACAACAUGGCCGCCAACGGUACAAGGCCGAAGUGACGGACCUUCAGUCCGUUUGUUCUUGCAUGUGUUAUAGAUCUCACGAGUACACCAGCAGGGUGGUGUCCCACCAAAACUCCUUCAGCUCCAAGCUGAAUCCUCAGUACUUUCACUCGAUAUCCUACAAGAUUGAAGAAAUCUCACCAAGCACAUUAAAAAACAGUCUCUUCCCGUCCCCCGUGAGCUCAGUGUCUCCUGGGUUGCAUAGCUUUACAGACAAACACAGGUUAAUGAAAAGGCGCAAAUCAAUUUAGGGUCUGGGUAUUUUUGAGAAGAUCACCCGUCUCACUCUCUCUUAGACCUUCUCAUUUUUUCUGAAAUGAGACACAGAGAGAGGGGAGCGAAAGAACGGAAAACGAGAAACGCGCCUGCCUUCCUCGAGACUCAUUAGUGAGCAUGAAGCAUGGAUUCUUCUAACUUCUCCAGCAAACUAUGCCUUACAUAAACCCCCUGAAAGUAUUUCAGAGGAUUUCCUAGAUAAUGAAUACGGAAUGGGUACCAAAUCCAAAGCCUUUGUGUGUCGCUUGCACUUCUGACCUUAGAACCUUUUUGAAUUACUAAAAAAUAACAAAAAAACAUCUAAAAAAAAAAAAAAAAAGAGCAGGUCACGGGUAUGAGUAUGAGUGUUUGUGCAAUCCCAACUCAGUUGUAACAAAUUCAAACCUCGAGGGGCACAUUUACUAAGCAAUUUUGAGAUCAAUUCGGAAUUUUUUCUUCUAGAUCAUUUCGAGAAUUGGAGUUUUUCAAAAAGUUUAUUUUUUUCUCAAAAAAAA